UAUUGGAAAUGAAUGAUCUGGCCCCUCUCACUCUUUUCAACCUUCUGCGGUCACAGUCACAGCCCUUGCCCCUUGCUCCACUCUGAAAAUGCAGAGUAAAAUUUUCACACAUUCACUGUUCACACCCUGGAGAGUGAAAAAGGCAGGCUGUAGCAGCUCCUGUUUCCCUGUGGGACACAUCUGUUCUGUUGAGUAUGGACAACUUUUUUUGCUAUCAUCUCCGCCUGGCUAGGGCCAUCGGUCGCCAUGUCGGUGCCGGCGCCGCUGCAGCUGACACUGGCCCUCAUCAAACCGGACAUCAGCGCGGCGCCGACGCUCGUGCGUGCCGUAUUCGCCCGCCUCUCCGCGGCAGAGUUCCGCGUGGUGCGCAGCCGCCGACUGACUCUCAGCCGCCCCUCUGCCGAAGCGCUGUACGCCGAGCAUGCCGGACGCUUCUUCCACAAUCGGCUGGUGACGUUCGUGUCUAGUGGCCCGCUGUGGGCGCUCGUGCUCGCCCGGCCGGAUGCCAUCGCUGCCUGGAGGGGCCUCAUGGGACCCACCAAGGUGUAUCGGGCUGUGUACUCGCAUCCAGAGAGUCUUCGGGCAGUGUACGGGCUUACGGAUACCAGGAACGGUCUGCACGGGUCCGACUCCCCCCAGUCGGCGGCGAGGGAGAUUGAGUUCUUCUUCCCCGAGUUUGACGCAGAGGGGUGGCUGGAGCGAGAGCGGGCGGCAGUAGAGCAGCGGGAAGUUGUGGAACAAGCGGCCAGUGACGUCACUGGUCAGGUGAUGACGUCAAGGACAGAGUGAGAACAUAAUUGGUAGUGUUGUGGAGACUGAACGCUGGACAGUGGACAAUGAACACUACUGGACAGGUUUGCGAGACACAGCAAUUUACUCUGGUGCUAGUUAACUAGUGAAGUGCGGUGCCUGAAAUGACAGUCUGCUCGCAGUUGUGAUUCGGUUUGUAAAUUGUGAGUGGUCUUAGUGUGAUUUUAGAUGUGCCCCUAGUCCAUUACUGGUGUUUGUUGUUUUGUUUGGACGCUGCUGCGCUGUUCUUUACCACGGCUCUCGUUGCAGCUUGUCUUACAUUGUGAUGUAAAUAUAACACUCAGCCUUGCA